GGAAGCGGAAGCGGAAGAAGACGGCGGGCGGAGCGGGGCGCGGCUCUUCCUUUCGCGGCCUCUGCCGAGCCUCGGCCUCGCGGUGCUCCCGAGGCCGCUCGGCCCUCUUUUCGCCGCCCCCUCGUCCCCGCUCUCGGGGCAGCCGCUCGGCAUGGACCUGAACGGGUUCCUGCUGGAUGAGGAGGGCGCCUUUUCCCUCAGCGGCUUCCAGGAGUUCACGUUCCUACCCCGGCACCAGCAGCUGAGCGAGCGGGUGCGGAAGCGGCUCUAUUAUGGCUGGGACAAGGAGUGCACCCUGGAUAACCUCUCCAGCCCCGUGGCAGAUAUUGCUGUGGAGCUGCUGCAGAAAGUGGCUCCCAGCCCUAUCCGCAGGCUCCAGAAGAAAUACGUGUCUCAUGUGUCUCGGGAAGCUUGUAUCUCACCCUGCUCCAUGAUGCUGGCGCUAGUUUAUAUAGAGAGACUCCGGCACCGGAACCCUGAAUACCUCCAGCAAAUCUCAUCUUCAGACCUCUUCUUGAUCUCCAUGAUGGUUGCAAGUAAGUACCUGUAUGAUGAGGGUGAGGAGGAAGAGGUAUUCAAUGACGAGUGGGGAGCAGCAGGGAAAGUGGAUGUCCAGACCAUGAACACGCUGGAGAUGAACUUCCUGAGUGCCAUUGACUGGAGUCUCUACACAGACCCCCGGGAGCUGUUUGAAGUGCUGAGCUGGCUGGAAGGACGUGUGGCAGAGAAGCAGGGCAUGUGGCGCGGCUGGUUCACCUACACGGAUCUGUGUGUCCUCAUGGAGCAGUCCAUGUGGCAGCAAGCACUGGGCCACUUCUACCAGCAAGUGGUGAAGCUGGCCUGCCUCCUGGGUGUGGUGUACCUGACCGGCUUUGCAGCUGUCUUCACCUCCAUUGCUGUUGUGCACCGGGCUGUGUGCACGAGGAGCACCAGCAUUACAGCCCUCCGUCCUGCACUAAUCCCUGUGGAGAGUGGCUGCCAGCUGGGUGCCCAGCCAGCCCUGGCUCCUGAGCAGCCCCAGCCCAAACUGCCUGAUGUCUCCCCGCCCAGCAGCACUCAUUGCUUAGGGGAGAAUGAGACGGCUGAGGAGCUGCGUCGCGGGGGUGUCACAGCGACUGCGCUCUACCUGUGGGGCAGUGUGAUGACAGCUCUGUCCUAUGUAAAGGCACCUGACAUAGCCCUGCACAAGAGCCCUCUGCAAGCCCCCCUUCGGAAAGUACCCACCGCCUGUGAGAGAUCGAACCGGACUGCCCCUGUCACGGCCCCCAACCAGCCUGGCCCCUUUGGACUUGCUGUGCUCCUGGCCCCUCCAGCGCUCCACUGCCAUACCUGCUCAGCUGCUGCCAGGCCUACGUGGGAUGCCACCCCCAACCACCGCAAGGACUGGCUAGACCCUCUGGGGCUGAGGCAGUGCUUCUUGCACGCAGCCCUGGAUCUUGGCAGAAUCAAGAGCUUUAUUUUUCCCAGCUAGGAGCAGAGGACAGCACCUUUCCCCUUCCCUCCUAGUGUGGCACAACUCACUUCCUUGCACUUCUGGGACCUCUGAUCCCUGGGGCAGCGCAGGCCUUGUGACCUUGCGUUACUUCCAAACCAGCAUUUGUGUCCCCCACCCACCCAGGGCAGGGGUGUUCUUCACUUUGGGUGCUUUGAGACAGAAUAGGGCAGGGUUGGCUAGCUGGAGAGUAGAAGUGGGGUGUUGUUUGGUUGGGAUACUAGGCUAAAGGGGAGUGUCGUACCACUUCCAGCAGCAGAUGAGUGGCCUUUGGUGAUGCUGAGCAGAGGUGGUAAGUGGCAUGUAUGAUGCUGGGGCAGUGUUUGCAGGGGUUGGGGCAGUGACCCCAGUGAGGGCUUAGAAUGCUUUUGUAGUAGAUGGAGUGCCUGGGAGAGGAGGUAGAAGUGAGGAGUGAGCAGCUUGACCUGGCUGGCCUUAGCAGCUAUUCCCAGUAGCAUACCAGACCAUUUCUCAGGAGGUACUACGGUUGCACCAAGAGGAGACCCCUAUGUGGCUAUGCCCCAGGGAUAGGAUGUACCCUGCUGGAUUUGUAGGUGAAGUGGUGAGUGUUUAGCUUCCUUAUCCUGCCUGAGUUGGGCACUUGGGACGUGGGGUAUUCUUGAACCUCAGCUUGAAUCCCAUCUGCCUGCAGUUGUGAGCAGCGGUGCCUGACUGCUCCAUGGGGCGGGGAGAUGGCACCUUGUCUUUCUGACCAGCUCUGCUCAUUGUGCCCCUUCUUUUUACUGUGGAUUUUACACCUGUUUUUUCACUCUUUUGUAGAUGCAAUUCUCUUCCAAUAAAAGUAGUUCUUGCUGUGCA